AGCAGGAUUAGGCCUGUCAAGAAGAGCCACGGGCGGGCACGCACUGCCCAUUGGUUGGAAGGCCCUUCGCUCUAGCUGGGAGGCUGACGGCCCGCGGGCGUAAGCGCACUGCAGCCGCGAGCUCUUGGCGGCGGCGGGAUGGAGGCGGCGGCCGAGCCUGGAAACCUGGCCGGCGUCAGGCACAUCAUCCUGGUCCUCUCAGGAAAGGGGGGCGUUGGGAAAAGCACCAUCUCCACGGAGCUGGCCCUGGCACUGCGCCAUGCAGGCAAGAAGGUGGGAAUCCUGGAUGUGGACCUGUGUGGCCCCAGUAUCCCCCGCAUGCUCGGGGCGCAGGGCAGGGCUGUGCACCAGUGCGACCGCGGCUGGGCACCCGUCUUCCUGGACCGGGAGCAGAGCAUCUCGCUCAUGUCUGUGGGCUUCCUGCUGGAGAAGCCGGACGAGGCCGUGGUGUGGAGAGGCCCCAAGAAAAACGCGCUGAUAAAGCAGUUUGUGUCCGACGUGGCCUGGGGGGAGCUGGACUACCUGGUGGUGGACACGCCCCCAGGGACCUCCGAUGAGCACAUGGCCACCAUAGAAGCCCUGCGUCCCUACCAGCCCCUGGGGGCCCUCGUGGUCACCACGCCCCAGGCGGUGUCCGUGGGGGACGUGAGGCGCGAGCUGACCUUCUGUAGGAAGACGGGCUUGCGGGUGAUGGGAAUCGUGGAGAAUAUGAGCGGCUUCACCUGCCCACACUGCACAGAGUGCACCAGCGUCUUCUCCAGGGGCGGCGGAGAGGAGCUGGCCCAGCUCGCCGGGGUGCCCUUCUUAGGCUCCGUGCCCCUGGACCCUGCGCUCCUGAGGACCCUGGAGGAGGGCCACGACUUCAUCCAGGAGUUCCCCGGGAGCCCCGCCUUCGCUGCACUCACCUCCAUAGCCCAGAAGAUUCUGGACGCGACGCCCGCGUGCCUCCCCUGACUAAGGCCACCUUGCAGCCGCUUUCCAGGGCCACCAAGGGCUCUGCUCCAGCCUCUCAGAGAAACAGAGGCCUGGGCUCGGUUCCCGGGCCCUGCAGGGGCAGGCCCAGGCAGCGUCAGCGGGAGAGCGUCUCCCCGACCAGCCCAGCCCCGGGAUGUGUCGCACCAGCAGCUCUGCCUGGUUGGCCUGCAGUGCCGUGGUCUGCGUGCUCUGCCGUGGUCUGCGUGCUCUGCAGCUGUGAGACGGGGGCGGCCUGGGUUCUCUUCCCAUCCAUGUUUCCCACCUGUGCCCCUGGCAGCCGCGUGUCCACACAGUUAGCAGAGUGCAGGACUUUUGCAGUCCUCAGGUGACCCCGGGCCUCCAGCGCCCUGGGUCGCUGUCAUCUGUGUUAAGCUCGGGGAGUGCCCCCUAAGGGCGCGAACUGACCUCAGGCAUGUCUUGUAACUGUAGAGGCGCCUGCCAUUAAACGUGUCCGCUGCUGCGGCGACAAA